AUGACGCCAUGCUCCGUCGCCGAAUCUUUGUCGGGCUCUCGCGCCGACGACAGGGACGUCAGGCACUUCCAGUGGCAACCAGAGGAGUUGCACCCAAUGGCAAUCGCAUCACCCCUUGUCGACAAUCACCCACGAGCAAGUGAGACGAAGAUGACGCAUGAAAGCGAAGGCCUGGUCAAGAGCCCUACCGGCGUCGACGUUGUCCUCUCGACUAGAGGAGACGGACGUGCCGGCCGAGCAGGGCCCGUCGUCGAGCAAUUGUCCACGCCGGCCCGAGAUCAGGGAUUGGCCAACGUCAUGGAGAGCGAUGGCAACGGGCAGCCGUUCGUCACAGCUACCAUUCGGACAGUCGGCCGUGCUUCUCGACGACCACCCCGAGACCAGGGAUUGGCCGACGCCAUGGAGAGCGAUGGCAACGGGCAGCCGUCGGGACAGUCGGCCGUCUUUGUCGGCGGCCACCCCGAGGCCAGAGGGAUUGGCAGACGCCAUGGAGAGCGAUGGCAACGGGCAGCCGUCGGGACAGUCGGCCGUCUUUGUCGGCGGCCACCCCGAGGCCAGAGGGAUUGGCAGACGCCAUGA